AUGAAGAGCACAAUGAGUGAGCCAUCAUUAGUUUCCUUUACCUUUCCGUUAACCAAGACUCUUAGUUGUUGUUUACGUUACCUUUGCAUCCAAAGUAAUGCUAUAAAGAUUAUUUUUUCGCAUCGAUGUGGCUGUUCUGAACUGCGUUUGGCGGGCAUUAACAUUCCUGAAUGCAGUUUUUCGGAGAUUGUUAUUGAAAUUUUCCAUAAUAAUAGGAUAAUUGAGGCUUCAAAUGCUGACAUCACGAGCAUUAAAAAAAGUGUUUCAUGGGCGGUUGAUGGCCCCUUAAUGUUUCGUGCACUGCGGCUUUUUGAGGGAUAUAUUCCUUUGACGUUGGAAUUGACUUGUGACCUCACUAGUGUUCUGAUGUAUCAAGAGGAAUGCGGACGUUGGGCGAGAAUUGGGGCUCUGCAUGAUCUUGGGCCUACUCUGAACGUCGACCACGGAAUAAUGGUUCUCCACCGUGUCCAUGAUCUUCAAGCUUUUUGCCACAUUGUGCGCUUUAUUGCAACUUCAGAGGAAGUUAAAUGUACUGUUGCUCUUCGGUUUGAUAACCUGCAGACAUUUAUAGAGCUAAAAAACUCGAACGCGACUGCAUCUGCACUUGUUGAAGGUGAGUUGUUACAAGGUCACGUUGAGGGAAGUGCAAGAACAGCAGAACUUUUUGGGUUUGCUGAACUGGCUAUGCGAGUGAGUGACACUGCUGCACUUUUUGUUGGACUUGGCAGCGAUAAUCUUGCCAUGUUUAGGUUAGAUUGGCAAUCUGUUCCGAGUGAAAGGUCUUCAGCUUUUUUAUAUUUUUCUGGUAGUUAG